GUAGGGCAAAAAGCGCCAUGAUGUCGAGGGGCGGUAAGGACUGAAAAAAGUUGAAAGGAUUGUCUAUACCAUAAUUGUUUCACUAAUAGUUAACGCUGAUAUCUCUGUGGUUUGUCGGUUAGAUAAGGAAUACUGUGAAGCCAAUUUUAACUCGGUAAUGUAUGGGUAACCGCGUAAAGCUACGCUGUCGCGAAAUCAAGAAAAAUCAUUUGUAGCAAUACACAGAGGCGUAGUUUUUAGAAUAUGGACCCAGACGAGGACUCUCGUCGAGAGGAACAAAAUUAUGAAACAUCAAUGUUUGGAACUUGUUCAGGCGAGAGCGAAGAUAUUGAGAAAGAGACGGCGUUUCCACAUACAAAGGUUAACAAUGAAAGAUCGAGCAAUCAGAGCAAUUCCGCGAACCAAAAAAGACGAUUAUUUAAAGGAAGUCUGAAGCUUUCUAAACAAAGAUGGAUAAGCAUGAACCACGACACACCGACGAGGAAAAACAGAGUUCUAAAGUCUGAGAGAUCAAUGGAUGACGCGGUGCUGCAAGGAAGCCGGCAAAGCGAUUCGCCUUGCAGCCAAAGUUCCGAAUCCCAAGAGAAGAACGAUAGAACAGAGCUUGACUGUGGAAGGAGUUUGGAUAGCGUGCCCGAAGGUUAUCGAAAUUCUUUUAGUGAUGUUCUAUCAAGAAGAGGAAGUAUUUGUGAGGAGAUAGAAAAGGAGAUCGUCCAGGGUGGAAUUAGUUUGCACAAGAUGCGUAAGUCACUAGUGAUUGAACAAACCCUCAAGGAUCGAUUUCUUAUGUGAUAAUGUGAUAUGUAACUUGACUGCGUAAAAUCAUGCAGAAAAGCUAUGGUUACAGUCUGCAUUUUUUUGUUUAAUUUUUUUCACUGAGUGUCUUUUAAUCAUUUUUUCUCUCUUUAGCAUGGACAAAGGGGAAUCCUGUGUGCUUCGUAAAACUUCCCCCGAAACCCAUUGUAUAUUCACUUUAAGGUUUUGAAUAAGUCGCGAUAAGCUGCUCUCAUUUCAUCAAUUUUGAUUCAUAUACAUUUUUAGAACUUUUAAUAAGAAUCUCCAAUGGGGUUUCUUACCUUUCAGAUGUUAUUGGCCCCUUGCAGAUGGGAAGUGACAAGGCGAUAAUAUUUCACUGUGUUAUCUAUUCUUGACGUUUCUAAUCUGAUAACGGUGUCAGAAGUCUGAAGGAGUAGUGCAAUAAACGAGACAGUUUUGAAAUAUAUGCCCCCGCUUAUCUUGCCAAUUUCGGCUUCCCACGCACCUCAAAAACAAAAACAAAGCUGGUUGAAGGUAAUUGAUCAUAAAAACAGAACGAUCAGGCAUCUUUUGCAAAAACAGAGCCUUAAAUUUCAGUUCCCAGGAAAAGAUUCGGUUACAAGUAACAUUAUGGCCUUCAAGGUUAAAAAUGAAUUUUUGAAGAACGUAAUAAACAAGACUGUGAAGCCG